CGCCGUAAAAUGGCCUCCUCCAGCGCUGUAGAAGAUGAGCAUCUCACUGACUCCGAUUUAACCGAUGAUGAAGAGCGCAGCGUGGAACCGCGCCAGGAAGAGCUGCGUCCGGAGACCCCAAAACCUUCCUACAGCGACGAGGAACUGCAUCACCUGGUGGGCUACAUACAGCGGAUGUGCGUGCUGAGCUGUUUGGAUCACAGGGACUGGCACGAGGGCGCUCUGGACAUCAUCCGGCGUUGGCUGCUGGAGGUGCACGAGCCCCUGCUGGCCAUUUACUACGACAGAGAUUCACUAUCCGCCUGUCUGGGCCUCCCGUCCACUUGUGUCUCGGAUCUGAGCUACUUUCGCCGGGAACCCAACGAGAUCUUCAGCGUGGAGGGCUUCCACGAUGAGAUCAACUUUGGCACCUUGACGAGCGAUGUGGAUGGCUGUUUGAUGGAGCUACUGGAUCGCCUGUAUGUCCCCUUCUUCCGGAACUAUCUGGAUUGGAAUGGCACUGUGAGGAAUCGCUUCUGUUCCAGCAUGGAUAGGUUCCUGGCCUUCCUCACCGGAAUGCACCAUCAAAUCUCUGGCGUGGCCGUGCUAUAUGUGCCGUUUGUCAUCAAGGAACUGUCGGCAGGACCCGUCGACAGGCAGUUGGUCAGGAGUUUGGAGGGGAUCGCCUUGUAUUGGACUACGCAGAUCCGCACUUUGCUGGGCGAUGAUACGUUGACGGUUCCCCAUGAUCUGGUCACCGUGCGGGAUGAGUUUGAGUUUUGGGAGUAUCGAUAUGAAGUUCUUCAAGGAAUCAACGACCAAUUGGCUCAAUCAGAUGUCCAAAAGGUGCUAUUGCUAUUGCACAACUCCCAUUCCGUCCACUCCCCCCAGAUGGAAGGACUUAUAGAGAGGGCUAAGGUGGAGCUUACUAAAGCCCUGUCCAACAUUAAGUUUCUUCACUUACUGAUCGAACCCUGCUCUAAAAUCGAUGUGGCCACAGGUCCGGCGGAUCUGACGAAGCUUCUACCACGCAUUAUCCACCUAAUACGUUUUAUAUGGCUGAACUCGGAUUACUAUAAUACAAAUAGGCUAAUUGCUGGAUUGUUCCGGAAUUUGAGCAACCAGAUUAUAAGAUUCUGCACGCAGCAAACAAAAGUCGAGGAGAUUCUCUCCGGAAAGCCGCGCUUUGGUAUCAAGAUAUCCAACAUCGCCAUUGAUUGCUGUCUGGCCUACAAGGGAAUCUAUGGUAAAAUAUCCAAACAAUUGGACCAAAGGCAGAGCCAACAACCCUGGGAGCUGGACGAGGGUCUAAUCUUCAACCAUAUCGACGCCUUUGUGGAGCGACUAAAUGAUGUGAUUGACAUUUGUGAAUCCAUGAUUGUGUUUGGUCGCUUGGAUGAAAACGGGAGCAUACCCAAACCGGCUUUCGGCGGCUCCAGUGGCGAGGAGCUGGAGAAGAUUGCCGAGAAUGUGGAGCAGCAGUUUCUGGACACCUUGAAGAAGCUGCAGGACAGCUCGCAGGCUUAUAUACUAAAUGUACAUCGCUCGGAUUGGUACACGGAUGUGGGCGACUUUCGUCGCAGCAUGCGGAAGCUGGAGGAGACGGUCCAGCGGCUGAUCUUCAAUGUGUUCCAGCAGGUGUCCAAUGUGGAGGAGACCCUGGAGGCUCUGCAGGCCAUGCUCUUCUACUCCUACCGUCAGCGAGGAACUCUAAGGAAGACGUACCUCAAGGAAACCAGCGGAGUGUGGAGGAUGUUCUCCCGGGAAAUGGACGCUACAUCGCGGAAACUGCUCGAGGAGCGAAGACAGGAGUCAUGGUUGUCCCAUCAUUUGUCCAUUGCCCUGGGCUAUCGCAUCAAUCUGGAACGCCUGACUUGGCUAAGGGAUCGCCUGAAAAAUGCCGAGUGGCUGCCUGCCGUAGAGGAAUCCUCUCCAGCUCUGGCCAAAUUCGAUUCACUGCGUCACGAGUUUCAAAAGGAAAUCCGACAGGCCUACGAGGAUUGGGUGGCCAAGUGCUGCGGCUUUUCCGGGGAACUCUCCCAGCGUUUGGAUCGCUAUCUGAUUGUUCGAAGUAAAAAGUUCAAGGGCCUUCUGGAGUGCAAUAUCGAUCCGUCUGUUCUGGAGCUUUGUGAGCAGGCCCAGCACUUUGAAAGAAUGGGCUUUGCCGUCCCCAACACUUUGAAGAAACUUUACGAAAGAUACGAUGUUAUAGGAUCCCUGUAUAAUGGAAUAAUUCAACUGGCCCUCAGCCAUAAUCGCAUUUUAACCGUUCUCAGCGAGCGGGAAAGGAAACUAUUUCGACCGCUGAUUCAAGCCUGUGAUCGCCAACUGGCUCCUGGCAUCUUCAAGAUCGCCUAUGGCUCGGAAUUUAAUGAGGAGUUCUUCGAGGACGGCAAAGAGUUCAUCGCGGAGUUCCAGGAACUAGUGCACAUAUUCAAGCGUGCAAAUCGGGGCGUGGCCAGGAGCUGUGGGAAGAUCUGCGACACCUGCCUGCUGCACUUUGCAUUUUCUGGCUCCGUGGAUAUGUCGGUGUUCCAGCAGCAGUUGUCCACUAGGCUGAAUUCCUCGGGCGACAUCCUGAGGAGCUACUACGGCAACAUCGUGGAGCUCUUGUCGGCCUUUAGUCGGCAGUUCCAGUCGGUGGACGAUGAGAUGUCGAAAGAGUGGAUAGCCUAUGUGAACGAUAUGGACGACAUGCUAGCCAGUUCGCUAAUGACCAGUGCCCGCGGAUCCUUGAGCAAACUGUACGAGGCCCUGCACUGCGAUGAGGAUAUGGCAUCCGCUCCCAUAAUAGUCAUCGAAUCGGACGUGAAAGAUGGUCGAAUUGUCUUCACUCCCGACAUGAAUGCGAUUGAAGACAUGAUAAACGGGAUCGUAGACAGUAUACGCAGCAUGUUGGAUCAGUUUCCGCGUCUGGGCUACAAACUAAAGCUGCCGAAGAAGCAGCAGCGUCAGGGAUUCGCUAGCGUUUUUCGUGAGGAUCAGGAAUGCUCAGAGUUGAUGAGAUCAAUUCAAGCGGAGAUCGCCAUCCAGCGAGAGGAAAUCGACAAGUAUGAAUCGGUAUGGAAUCGAAAUCGUGUCCUUUGGGAGACUACUGAGGAGGGAUUCCGGCAGCGACUGAUGUCCAGUUCACGAACAGCUGGGGUCUUUGAAGGGGGAAUCGAACACUAUAGUGCUUUGGCCGAUGAUGUCAUCUUCGAGGACGCCAUUACAAACGUGUACUUCAUACUGAUCAAUCAGAAUGCCCUGAAGAGCACUAUCCUAGAUUGGAUCGAAAAGUGGCAGGCUCUCAAUAUUAAAAUGUUGCUGGAUUAUGCCAGCAAUUUGAUGAGGGCAACCUACCGAUAUAUGCGACGCAAUGAGAGAAAUGUGAUGAAGGUUCCUCGUACAAUCCGUGAAACCGUGGCUGCCAAACAGCUUUUCGAGCAACUCCUCAAAGAAGUUCCAGUGAAGCAAUCCGCCUUUACACCCAUGUUGGAACUCUUUGUGCUCCUGCACAAAUAUCAGGUUCAACUAACCGAGAAAACGUAUCAGAGGGUGAUGGGAUUGGAGUCCGCUUGGCUGCACUACCUCGAAGUCCUAAGGGAGGCGGAUGAAAUGCUGGAUAAUGAGGGUGGUGAAACUAAAUUGGAGUUGGCAAAACAUGGUGAAAAGUUCAAGUUAAUAUUGAAGGAAUUUCUCGAAGAUUUUUACUCCAAGUUAUGCAAGAAAUAGGAAAGUAUUAAUUUAUUGUAUGUAUUUAAUGUAAUUUUUCAAAAUUAAUAAUUUUAGUUUUUUAAUUUAAA